GUCGCCCCGAAGGAAAAGACAUCAGACUGUGGAUAUCUAUGAACACCUCGUUCUGUGUGGGCACCCCCUCCUUUGAUGCUUCCUCCCACCUUCCAGGGCCUAAGGACGGGCAGGGGCAGACUCUAUGAGUCACAUUGCGAGCCUGGAGUCGUGGAGGGAAGCGCCGCCUCUCCUUGGGCCCCCUGUCUCCCCCUUUCUCCUUCCCGCGGGCUCCCGGCCGCGCCAGAUGCCGCGCUGCAAUCACCGAUUCCCCAUCACCAAUUCCAGCUGGUGGUGUGGCGUCUCCGAGGCCGCGGGCUCCGCUCGCCUCCCCGGGCCCCCGAGUUAUAGUCGGACUCUCCGGCCGCGGGUGAUCGUGGGGUCUCCGCGGGCCCGGGCUGCCGAGGCGCAGCAAGGCCUCCGCGACUUCUCCCGGCGCCCCGCAAGGCCUCGGGCAAGAUGAACAUCCUGGCGCCCGUGCGCAGGGACCGCGUCCUGGCUGAGCUGCCCCAGUGCCUGCGGAAGGAGGCCGCUCUGCACGUGCGCAAAGACUUUCAUCCCCGCGUCACCUGCGCCUGCCAGGAGCACCGGACCGGCACCGUGGGCAGAUUUAAGAUCUCCAAGGUCAUUGUGGUGGGAGACCUGUCAGUGGGAAAGACUUGUCUCAUUAAUAGGUUCUGCAAAGACACCUUUGAUAAGAAUUACAAGGCCACCAUUGGAGUAGACUUUGAGAUGGAAAGAUUUGAGGUGUUGGGCAUCCCCUUCAGUCUCCAACUUUGGGACACUGCUGGACAGGAGAGGUUCAAAUGCAUUGCGUCAACCUACUACCGCGGAGCUCAAGCCAUCAUCAUAGUCUUCAACCUGAAUGAUGUGGCAUCUCUGGAACACACCAAGCAGUGGCUCUCUGAUGCCCUCAAGGAGAAUGACCCUUCCAGUGUGCUCCUCUUUCUUGUGGGUUCCAAGAAGGACUUGAGUACUCCCGCUCAGUAUGCACUAAUGGAAAAAGAUGCACUCAAGGUGGCCCAAGAGAUUAAGGCUGAGUACUGGGCAGUCUCAUCUCUCACUGGAGAGAAUGUCCGGGAAUUCUUCUUCCGUGUGGCAGCACUGACCUUUGAGGCCAAUGUGCUGGCUGAGCUGGAGAAAACAGGAGCCCGACGCAUUGGGGAUGUUGUUCGCAUCAACAGUGAUGACAGCAACCUCUACCUAACUGCCAGCAAGAAAAAGGCCUCGUGUUGUCCCUGAAGAAGGAGAGACCAUUCUGACCAUCCAGAGAAACUGCCUAUCCCUGGGGCACUGUGCCACCUGGCUGCUCCAGACCUGGACUCCUAAACAUUUGCACUGACUUGUUUUAGACCAAAGAGCUGCCCCCUGCUGGGGGAAUACCCCCAGAGGGAUCCUGGGACCAUAUAGUCACUUCCUGCCCCCAGGCACCAUGCCAAAGACUGGAUGACCCUCUUACUUCUAUAGGGGCUUGCUCUCCAGGGUACCCAGGAGUGAGAGGGAGAGGAAGGGCAGCAUUCUUGCUGCUCUUGCUCAACCUACCUGGGCCUCUGUGUAUAAGAGUGCCUAAUGAUUUCAGCCUUGUUCUGUGCCUUAUGCAUUAAAACCUCUUUCAUUAUUA